CUGCAGGGAGGCUCAGCCUGCUGGCUGGCUCAGCACACAGAGGAGAGUUUGGUCUGGCUGUGAUUGACAGGGCCAUGGUGUUCUGUCAAGGAGAUUUUGAUUUAGAAACCAAGUGGUUUUGGGAAAUUUCAAUGGGAUAGCUUCCAGUGACCUGAACUGAAGUUGCCUUUCAAACACAGGGAUGAUCAUCCUUUUCUAUCCCCUUUCCUUCUCUUAUUCAUCUGCAAUUCUUGUGGGGAGACAGAGAGGUCUCUGUUAUUUCCCAGUCUAAGCUAUUUUUUCUCCUCUCGCUGUCUUUCACCACUGAAGUAUCUCAGCAAUGCCAGGAGGCUGCUAUGGCCCAGGAGGGUAAGAAUAGUCUACAAUGGCAGAGAUCCCUCCUGUUGUUGUUUGUCCACUUGCAGUUGCCUGGACAGAGGAUCCACACUGAGGUAGGAGCAAUUGGAUCUGACAAGCUAGAGCUUCUGCAAGACAAUGUGUUAAAGCCUGAAGAAGAUCUACAUUCAAAACUAACAGUCCUGUUCAAAUCAUCAAAAUAAUCCUUCAACACUUUGUUUUGGCUGAGUUCCUGAUUUCUGUCCACGAACGUUAGCAAAAAUUCCUUCCUCUUUUUUUUUUCUUCCCUUGUUUUACCCCCUUUUUUCCCUGUCUAGGUCUAAUCUCCUUUGGAAAUGACAAAACUGUUAGGACAUCAGGAGCUGGAACUGUUUUGAGCCUGUUCAAACAUGGAGCACUGGGACUCACUGGGAUUUUUGAUAGUCACACUCAACUAUAAUGUGACUAUUGUAGGGAAGAUCUGGCUGAUGUUGAUAAUUCUGCUGCGAAUGGCAGUGGUGGUGUUGGCAGGCUACCCCCUCUACCAAGAUGAGCAGGAGCGCUUUGUCUGCAACACCCUGCAACCAGGAUGCUCCAACGUUUGCUAUGACUUGUUCUCCCCCGUAUCUCACUUUAGGUUCUGGCUCAUUCAGACUGUGUCUAUCCUGCUGCCUUAUGCUGCAUUCAGCAUUUAUGUUUUGCACAAGGUAGCUAUGUACAUGGUAAGAAUGCACUGUCUGGUGAAUGAGUGCAAGGGGAGCAAGGGUUUAUCAAGCCCCAAAGACGUGAAGGAGAUCUGUAGAAGUGCAGUCGUCAGUAGAGUAGAUUGUGGUGCAGACAACCUAAGUGUCCUUAAUUUUUCAGGGGCAUAUACCAUUCAUCUUUUUAUUAGGACCCUACUUGAGGUUGCCUUUGCAGCUGUGCAAUACUUUCUUUUUGGAUUUUUUGUUCCUGACCGCUUUUCAUGCUACCACUCACCUUGCACAAGCACUGUUGAUUGUUAUAUCUCCCGGCCCACUGAGAAGUCCAUCAUGAUGAUUUUCAUCUGGGGGGUCAGCAGUCUGUCCUUCCUGCUCAGCCUUGCAGAUCUCAUCUGUGCUCUCCGGAGAAUGACAGCAAGAAACCAAAAGAACAAGCUGCUGGCAAAGCUCUGCACAGAGAAGGAGUGCAUGCUACAUCCUCCCCCAGUCCAGCACAGCAGCUCUUCUCCACCUCAAAAUGGGGAUGGUCCAGUAGCAAAUAGCGGUCGGACCAGUGAUGGCUCCUGCUCACUUCUCUCUGAAGAGGAAGAAGAGGCUGUUCUUCGUCCUGAAGGUGUCCCUCAGCAAAGUGCCAGCACUAACCUCAGCAGCAGUAAGGGCUGUGUAUCAGGGGACCUUGCUGUUAAGCAACAGAGCACUGAAGAACUCUUGUGUGCCAGUGACCACCAAGGAACUCCCUGCAGCCAAGUGAGACCCAGAGCUCAGCAAGACUUCAUUACAGAUACUGCCCUGGCUUUGAGACCUCAGAUCCAGUCUCCCCUUGGAGUUUCUUCCUUUGCUGUUCAGAGCAAGCUUUUAGGAUUCUACCCUUCAGCUGAGCUAAAAAGCCCUGAUGCACAAUCAAAUUAUAGCAGCACUAGCUGCCUGAGGUCAAAAAAGUCAGAAUGGGUAUAGAAGCCAGAGUGAGCACUACGCUGUGACCUUGACAGGGAAAAUCAUUGCAUCACUGAAGAGGCUUCAGGGAGUUCCAGCUGCAUCCCUUGGCUGUGGUUGUGCUGCAGAGACACUCUACUGUGCUGUGCACCUCCAUUAGAAAAGAAGAAAAUCUUUGGAUAAGAGGGUGAAGGGUAUUACAUUAAGUGACAUGUUCUUUAGAAGAUGUGACAUCUUUAUGUUUUUCUGCAUGUAGAUGGUUUUA